UCCCUUUUGCCGGCAUAUACGAUUAAUGGGCACCUUGAUCCUUUGGUUUAUCAAGGCAAUAUCACAGCCGAGAUUUUUGAAGAUUGGAUGGAAAAUAGGGUGCUCCCGCAGUAUAAUCCAUGGCCGGGCAAAAAUUCGAUUAUUAUAAUAGACAACUAUAGUAUACACCGGAGUCAGAGGGUGCUUGAUAUGUGCCGGGUACGGGGUGUUUGGAUACGCUAG